CAACACCAAAGUUCAAAAUCGCACAACACCGCCAAAAUGCCCAAGUCAAAGCGCGCCAAGGUCGUACACCUCACCAAGACGGACAAGAAAGGCAAGGAGCUUUCGCAAAAGCUCUUCGCCAAUGUCCAAGAAGCCGCUGAAAACUUCGAGCACGUUUUCGUCUUCUCGGUUGAAAACAUGCGCAACUCGUACCUGAAGGAAGUGCGCGCUGAAUUUUCUGACAGCCGAUUCUUCUUUGGCAAGACAAAAGUCAUGGCCAAAGCCUUGGGAAUGACACCCGCUGAAGAGCAUCUCACCAACCUCUCUGAGCUCACCAAGCACCUCACUGGUAACGUCGGUCUCUUCUUCACGAACCGCGAACCCACCGAUGUCCUCGAGUAUUUUGCUGCAUACUCGCAGACCGACUUUGCGCGCGCUGGUGUUACCGCCACACAGACUUUCACAAUCCCGGCUGGUGUCGUCUACUCGAGAGGUGGAGAGCUGCCGGUUGAUGAUGAUGUCCCGCUGCCUCACAGCGUUGAGACUACCAUCAGGAAAUGGGGCAUGCCCACCAGAUUGGACCAGGGUAAGGUUACACUUGAUGCGCCUUACACCGUGUGCAAGGAGGGCCAGGUCAUGAACAGCCAUCAGACCGCGCUGCUGAAGAUGUUUGGCGUCGCCAUGGCCGACUUCAAGAUCGAUAUCAAGGCGUACUACUCAAAGAAGACCGAGUCAGUUACCGAGGUUGAUGCCAUGGAGGAGUAGAGUUUCUGCGAGAACGAACAUGCAUCUGUGCGGCGUUCUAAAGGCGUUGGUUUGGGUCCAGGAAAAAUUUCAACAGUUCGGCUACUGUUGUCAGAUUUUCACAAGCAUAACAUCAAUAUACCCUUUCAUGUUGACAC